AUGAAAUAUUUAUCUGAUUUGGACCUAGACGCACUUAUUGCAUCUGAGUGUAGAAACAACGAAACGUUGGGACAUUUUUGGAAGCGGACGAAAGGGCUUGAUGUUCCACGACGGGAUUCUUGGGAAAAUUUUUACGCUGAAAUUGGUAGCUGCGAUUUGUAUCGAAGUGAUGAAGUAAUAAAGAGGCUAUUACAUGACUUAAAUAAAUUACCUAUAAAACACGUUUCAAUAAUGGAUGGUGGUACACAGGUGAAAUUGAUUUUAACAUUCACUAACGAUGAGCAGGCUGUAUUUAAGCCAAUGAGGUUUGGAAGGGAUUAUGAAACGGAUCCAAAUCACUUUUACUUCAGCGAUUUUGAGAGGCAUCACGCAGAAAUUGCAACAUUCCAUCUUGACAAGAUUCUGGGAUUUCGACGGGCUGUACCAACUGUUGGUAGGAUAUUCAAUUUAACGUCUGAAUUACGGGACAGAGCAGAAAAACGGUUGAAAAAAACAUUUUUUGUAUCACCAGCCAAAAAUCAUUGUUUUGUUAGCAAAUGCGAUUAUUAUUGUGAUACGACACAUGCUAUUUGUGGUAAUCCGGAUCUCAAAGAAGGUUCAGUACAGGUAUUUUUACCAGAUGAAAACAAUGUUCCUCGAAAGCAUAAUAAGUCGCCGUACAGAAGAACUUAUUCGAAAAAGAAUCAAAUUGCUGUAUGGCAACAGGAUAUGGCGUUUUGUGAAAAUAAAGUGAAAAAUAGACGCCAAUAUGCUCACGGAAGAACACUUUUGGAUUUAGUAGAUCUACAUAUUUUGGAUUAUUUAAUUGGUAAUCAAGAUCGACAUCACUUUGAAUCAUUUGCAGUAUUCGAUAACAUCCCAUCAUACGCAAUUCAUCUUGACAAUGGCAGAGCCUUUGGACGAUCUGACAUCGAUGAUGAGGAUAUUAUUCUUCCACUGAAACAAUGUUGUGUAAUUCGCCCGUCAACACUGUUGACUCUUCUAAAUUAUUAUAAGGGCCCUGUCUCACUGUCAGAAGCGUUAAAUCGAUCUAUGGCCGCUGAUCCUGUCUCACCUAUUUUGGCCCAAAAGCAUUAUCCUGCUUUGGAGAGGAGGCUUUACAAAGUGCUGAAAUAUGUUGAGGAAUGUAUAAUACGAUAUCGUGACCCAAGUAGAGUGAUUAUGCCAGAAUACCACAAUGAGGCUGUGAAGUCGGCAGCGGCUGCAGAUGGAACUGAGGAAGAUGAAGACGAGCCGAAGAAAGAAGGAGGAGUUAGAAAAGAAACUUAG